AUGUUGACAGGGGAGAUCGAGAAACCCUGGCUCGGGCACAAAGACCCUCUUGCUCGGAUGGCAUACUGGCUCACGUAUCUCGUCGCCUUUAUCGGCAUUGCAGCAUCCGCCUUGCGAUGCUGGUUCGCAUACACGAGCGUGCCGAUGAUGAAGGGCAAUCUAUGCCUGAUCCUCGAGGACGAUUUCAAUGGCGACAGCCUGAACACUGACAUCUGGGAAUAUGAGGUCACUAUGGGAGGAUUCGGAAAUGGCGAGUUCGAGAUGACCACGGAUUCCUCUAACAAUACCUUCCUGCGCGACGGGUACCUGUACAUCCUGCCGACCCUUACGUCAGACGUCAUUGGCAGAGACGCUAUCACCAAUGGGUACACAUACAAUAUCACCGGCUGUACCACUGCAACCUCCAACGAUAGUUCCACUUGCGGCGCUGUGUCCAACAACACCGCAGGCACCGUGAUAAAUCCCGCCAUGUCCGCUCGCCUCAACACGAAGAAGAGUCGCAGCAUCCAGUAUGGCCGCGUAGAAAUCAGAGCCAAAAACCCCGUCGGUGAUUGGUUGUGGCCGGCGGUAUGGAUGUUACCAGUCAACAACACCUAUGGGCCUUGGCCAAUGAGCGGUGAGAUCGAUAUCAUGGAGUCCCGAGGAAACGGCCUCUCCUAUACCGCUCAAGGCAGCAACUACGUCCACGGAUCCUUGAACUGGGGCCCACUGACGUGGCUCAACGAGGUUUGGCGGACGACCGGCUGGUGGACGGAGCGCCGCAGCAGCUUUGCCGACGCCUUCCACACCUAUGCUCUGGAAUGGGACGAAGACUUCAUCCGGGUCUACGUCGACACGCGUCUCCAUGGCAUGCUCCAAGUCAACAUGAAAGUGCCGUUCUUCGAGCGCGGCGACUUCCCACCCGUCGUUACCAACGGCACAGAGCAAAUUGCGCUGGAGAAUCCUUGGGUGUACGGCACGAAGGCUGCUCCGUUCGACAUACCUUUCUACCUCAUUAUGAAUGUUGCAGUAGGCGGCACGAACGGAUGGUUUCCCGAUAACGCGGGAGAUAAGCCGUGGAUCAAUGGUGCGAGUAAUGCUAUGCAACAAUUUGCGCAGGCGCAGGAUAAAUGGGCGACUACUUGGCCACAAGACGAAUAUAGCCGGGCUUUGGUCGUGUAUGUACUGCGCCUCUGGGAUUCAAUCGGUCUCCCAAAAUACUAA